GCCCCCCUCCACGUCGAUUAAAGAUGCCCCUCGGGAGUUAGCGGAACGCGUCCGGCUCGCCUUCGCCAGGGAGCAGCUUGGCUCGAUUGUCAGUUGCGAAGGGUGGAAGGCGAAGACAGGUUGGUCGGAGGGGAGGCCGGCCGGCGGGCGACCGCGGGGCUGCCGGAGCUUGGGACAGGAGCAGCUGGCGAGGAAGCGAAGGAGGCAGCUGCUUCCUCCCUGCUCUUCCUUUUCCUUCGCUUUUUCGCCGGCAGCGGCUGUCUCGCUUUCCGUCUCGCGGAGCCCAGAGGGAUCCGCACCCACGCCGAUGAAUUACAAAUGAGACUUUUGCUCAGUUUUUCCAGAUUGCUACAACAAGAUGUUUACUGCAAAUACUGCAGACUGGGUUACUUUUGAAGAUGAAUCCCAGUCCCCUCAGAAGUCAAGAGAAAAUGUUAAUUCUUGCAGACCAAAUGGGCUUAAACUCGCUCUGCCUAAAGUGCAAGAUUUUUCAAGCCAAUUAUCUUCCUCCAGCAAUACUUCUCUCUCAUCUCCUAUAAGUGACUAUUACUAUAGCCCUCGGCCCCCCAGUAACUCUCCACUCUGUACACCCACCAAAGACUAUCCUGUCAGUCCUUGCUUUCCCAAAUCAGGAACUCAUUUUCUUAGUUCUAUACCAGAGUUGUCAUCCAACGUUAAUCUCCCACUAAUUGAACCAUCUUCUCAAAAAUUAAUUGGAAUAUCUCAGCCUGUGCACAGUUCAGAAGUUUCUGUUCUAAAACCAACAGAUGGUGCACAUGCUAUGCAUCAAGAAAACUCAAAGAAACUGGAAAAUUCCUUCGAUUCACAAACCUUUUUUCAGAAUGUUUCAACUGACUCUGCUUUCUCUAAUCCAUUUUGGUCAGAAGAUUCAUCUGCUGUGUCUUUGUCCAGCUUUCAUGGGCACAAAAAAGAGCCAGAUUUUGAAAGAGAUUGUUCUUUUAAAGGGAAGAAAAGCUGGCCAGAUCAGAAAAGCCUAAACCAGGGUUCAUUCAAUUAUAUAUGUGAGAGACUUGAACACUUGAAAACUGGAACUUCAAACACUGAAAGAACUUUGACACCAGUUCCAUGUAUGUGCACUAGAGAUGGCUUUUCUUCAUUUAUUCCAUGCAGUCUCUUUAGCAGCCAGAGAAAAGAUGGUUGGCCUUUCAUGUUGAGGAUUCCUGAAAAGAAAAAUAUGAUGUCAUCAAGGCAGUGGGGUCCUAUUUAUCUUAAAGUCUUAACUGGAGGAAUCCUACAAAUGUAUUAUGAAAAAGGUCUUGAAAAACCUUUCAAAGUAUUCCACCUGCAACCAUUUUGCAGACUUUCAGAACCAAAGUUAGAGAACUGCAACAUCUCUGGGAAAAUCCAUACUGUGAAAAUUGAACAUGUGUCAUACACAGAGAAAAAGAAGUAUCACCCUAAAACUGAAGUGGUUCAUGAAGCAGAGGUAGAACAGAUGCUGAAACUAGGGACGACUGAUUACAGUGACUUCACUGACUUCCUAAUGAUAGUCGAGGAAGAGUUGAUGAAGCUUCCUGCUAUUUCAAAACCAAAGAGACAUUAUGAAGAACAAGAAAUGAUCCUGGAAAUAGUGGACAACUUUUGGGGGAGAAUUAGCAAAGCAGAAGAGAAGUUAAUUGAAAGUGCUGUCAUCACUCAUAUAUAUUCCUUAAACUUUUUGAAUGGUAAUUCUGAGUGCUUUAUGACACUAAAUGACUUGGAGCUUCAAAAGAGAGAUCAGCGUUAUUUUGAGUCAGGCAGUAAGAAAAAAUGGAUUGAAAUUCAUGACUAUCACUUUCAUCAAUGUGUGAAAAAACAAGAAUUUGAGCACUCAAGAAUAAUUAAAUUUAUACCACCAGAUGGCUGUAGAAUAGAACUAAUGCGCUAUAGGACACAGCAUAAUGGACUGGAUCUUCCAUUUUCUGUCAAAGCCUUGUUAGUUGUUCAAGGAGCUUAUGUUGAACUGCAAGCUUUCAUAAGCAUGUUUCCAUCUGCUUUGGCUUCAGCAUAUUCAUACCCUACAAAACACUGUGAAAAUAUAAUGGUUCACUUUCCUGUUCCCUCACAGUGGAACAAAACUCUUUGGACUAUGAACCUCCAAAGACAGAAAUCCCUGAAAGCAAAAAUGAACAGAAGAACUUGUCUUGGCUCUUUAAAUGAGGUUGAAUCUGACUCCAUUAUUCAUGUCUCAGUUGGAACAGCCAAGUAUGAAAGUGCUUAUCGAGCCAUUGUGUGGAAGAUUGACAGACUACCAGAUAAAAACUCAAAUCCAGAUCAUCUGCACAGUUUGUCUUUCAAAUUAGAACUUGGCUCAGAUCAAGAUAUCCCUUCUGAUUGGUACCCUUUUGCCGUGGUGCAGUUUGUUGUGUCUGACGCAUGCGCCUCAGGAACCGAAGUGAAAUCAUGGGGUGUUGAGAGGGAUGUACAGCCUCAGAAACAUGUGAUUCAGAAAGCAUUUUAUAAUUGCCAGGUUGAAAUUGAGAAGAAAUGGAUUAGACUUGAGGGAGAAGAUCCCAAUAAGGGUGGGAAUUGUGACAUACAAUAGAAGAGAGAAAUAAUCUGGAUUCCUUUUGAGGAUGUGGGCAAUAUUUUAAUGUAAGCAGGAUAAUUUAAAUGCAGUAAAGCAAUGGAUUUCAAUAUAUAAUUUUUCAAAUUGUCAUGUUAAAAGAUCAGAUACCUAAUUGGCAGUAUGCAUUCUAAACAUUUAAUAUAUUAACUAUAACAUUAUAAAGGUAAUACUAUAAAUUGGUUUUAAAGGCAAAAAGCUGUUCCAGUGUGUGUGGGGGAGUGAAUGCAGCUCUCCUUUGCAACUCCCUAAAGCAGACGUGCCUUUUCCUGAGAUAAUACAGCUACACACUACAACUGCCAUGAAAUUCCUGGGGAAAAUAUAUAUUAAUGAACUGCAGAUAGAUUCUGUUUGUACUCCCAAACACCCUUUUGCCUUUGAACCCAAAGGACACACUAUAUUGAAAAUAACUAUAUUUGAUAUGACUUUAAAGUCAGUUGACCACAAAUCUUUUAGUGGUAGCAUCAAAAUAUUUUGACUUUUGAUGUUGUCUAGAAUUAUAAGACAUAGAUAAAUCUGUCUGUAUAAUCCUGUAUGUUCUUGCCACUUUCAGUAAAAAAUGCAGGUCCCAACUAUAUUUCAUGGUGGGAUCAUUGGUAUAGAGCUUAGCAGUUUUAUUGUAAAUUGAAUCUUAUACAUUUUAAGUGCUUCAGUACAUUCUUUUGCUACAUAAGAGUACAUGUGUGGAAAAUGAUUCACUAGAGUACAGCGUAGACAUUUUUCUGAAUAGUGCAGUUGGCAAAAACAGAGAGCUAAUCCAUUGCUUCCUUAACUUUUUGCAAAAAUCUACACCAAUUCCAAACUUUGUCAAAAUUGUUAAUAUACAUUUCUCUACAGAGGAAGCAGUGCAAUUACUUGAACUGUUCCUUUCUUUGGCCUUUUGGUGGAAAAGGUUUCACUUUGUAGUAUUUUGUCAUUGGUUACAAAUUAUUUUGGAUUUCCAACAAGAACAGAUGUUAGAUUUAGGAAAAAAAGUGUCUUCAUUUGUUCUUCAGAGAAACUAAAGAUCCAUGUGAACAUGAAAAACGAGAUGUUCUCUUGUUCUGCCAGCUGAACUAGAGUUUGCUUAAGGAGUGUAGAGUGGAUUAUGUCUGACUCUAAAGGAAAACAUAACUAUACACAAUAUGAUCAGCUUACCCUUUGGGCUAUUUUGAAGUUAUUUUUUAAGUUUAUUACUUAGAUGUAUUUGGACAUUUGGGAAGAGGACUCAUCACUGUUUCAAUCUUGAGGACUAUAUUGAAUAUUUGGGAAGCUAAGAGGUGUCAGUUUUAAUUUAUAUUGCUGGCUUUCUGAUUAAUUUUAACUGUUCCACAUGUUAUCUUUCUUCCAUGUAAGUCUUUUUAGAAUAAAACUCUAACAGCACAUUUCACUUCACUUGACAUUUUUAUUCUUGCUGCAGGUAUUAAAUACCAUUUCAGUAAAUUGUUUCCAAAGAGAAAAUUAUUUAAAAUAAAAUUGAGCUCAAUUGAUUUGGAAACCAUAUUUUACAUUAUACUUCCAGUUCAGCAUAUCAUGGGAUUUAAUAUUAAGGUACUUAAUAAGUAAGAUUCAAAAUUUUGCAAGACUCGAAAGAAGUGGACUUGAAUUUCCUAAUUUAAGUUUAUAUUAUCAAGUGAGCAGUUUAUCAUGAAUGGAUAAAAUUCCUGAACAGCAGAAUAUCAAUUAUAGAAGGAGCUAGCUUAGCCAAUAGAUUUCAUAGAUAUCUAUGGUAUGAAGAAACAAAAGAGAAGAAUAUUAUAAGACAAAGUUUGUUAAAAAUAUGGAAUCUUCUAAAAACAAGGAUAAGAUUUCAGCAUCAGCAUCACUGUCAAAUGCCUUUUAUUUCACGAACAACUACAGUAAGAAAGAUUUAAUCACAUAUGCUAAUACAGUACACUCAGACUCAGAAAACAGACUAAAGUCACAGCAAGAACUGUUCAAUGAAGGUAGGCAUUCACCAUGGUUGAUUGCUGGAAGAAUAAAAAGUGACCUCAAGAAAGGAGGGACUUUGAAAAAGAUGGCAGAAUUUGAAACACUUUUACAAAGCCAAGAUAAUCUAUUAGGUUAUAUAUUUAUAAAAACUAUUAUUGAAAUAGUUAGGGUUCUUUUUGUAAAAUAAAUACAAAAAUAGUUCGUUUUGUAAAAUAAAUGAUGACAUUGUGUAAUAUGGCAUGUGUGGUUCAUCUGAAGUUGUAUUUACCUACUUUUGAGAACUGCUAAGGACCAGAUGAUUUUUAUUGUGUCCUGAUACGUAAAACCAUAGAACUCAAAGAGGGUGUACUUUCUUUUUCACAUUACUGUAUAUUGAAAGAUAAAAGCUGCAAGAACAAAUUUCAAAAAUUCUGUUUAUAUGGUAUUUCCAAGCUUAUUUAA